AUGUCUGCCCACCGCCAGUUUGACCCCAACUUCACGCCCUACGUGGUGAAUGCCAUGGGCCCCAAGACUCCCGAGCGUGCUCGUGUGGUCCUGGGCUCGCUGAUCCGCCACAUCCACGACUUUGCGCGCGAGGUUGAGCUGACCUCCGCCGAGUGGAUGCUGGGCGUGGAGUUCAUCAACUCCAUCGGCAAGAUCAGCACUCCCGUGCGCAACGAGUGCCACCGUAUCUGUGAUGUGAUCGGUCUGGAAUCUCUCGUCGACGAGAUCGCCAACAAGAUCGUCACCGAGCAGGGCGUCUCCCCGACCUCCAACGUCAUCCUGGGACCCUUCUGGUCCCCCAACGCACCUUUCCGCGCGCUAGGCGACAGCAUCAUCCAAGAUCCCAACCCCGAUGGCAAGGUCACCUUCAUGCACGGCGUGCUCAAAGACAUGGAGACCGGCGCGCCCAUCGCCGGCGCUGUGCUGGACAUCUGGCAAGCCUCAGCCAACGGGCAGUACGAUUUCCAAGACCCCAACCAGUCGGAGAACAACCUGCGCGGCAAGUUCACGUCCAACGAGAAGGGCGAGUUCUGGUGGUACUGCUACCACCCAACCCCUUACUCCCUGCCCACCGACGGCCCUGCCGGUGUCCUCCUUAACCUCAUGGACCGCUCGCCCAUGCGUCCCGCCCACAUCCACCUCAUGAUCACCCACCCCAACUAUGCAACUAUCAUCAACCAGAUCUAUCCCAGCGACGACCCCCAUCUGGACAUCGACUCCGUCUUCGCCGUCAAGGAUGAUCUCGUCGUGGAGUUCAAGCCCUCGUCGGACCCCAAGGCCCAGCUCGACCUCAACUACCCUGUUACCAUGGCCCUCAAGAAGCACCACCCCAACCCCAACUCGGCUCCGCCGGUCUCUUCGUUUGAGCGCUUUAGCAAGGGUCAGAAGGAGCAGAAGCUUUGA